AUGUGUAGGUUGGCUAUUUUCUUUGCGUUAACAGGAAUCAUUGCUGGCGAAGUCCCAAAGCCGUUGUACGUAUGGCCACUUGGAGACAAAUCUGGUUUGCUAGAGGUUCUUUCUGACGGACCUAAUAUGGUAAACAAUGGCAAUCAAUGUUUCAUAUUCGGCGAGAAUGCCAAGAGCAUUCCAUACCAAGCUAUGAAGAUUGGAGACCCCAACAAUCCGCAUCUAUCGGUUGUAUUAGAUGAACCAAAGUCAUUUCGGGAUCUUGGAAUUUCAAUGUACGUCAAACCCGAUGGUAAACCCAAAGGGACCCUUCUCCAAUACAAAUCGGAAUCAGCAGAGAAGAUAAGAAUUGUUUUCGACCCUUAUGACGGUUUUGCAGUGGUUUCCUUCCGAGAUGAAUACGACAUCCCGGCAGGCAUUGUUGUGGCUGAUAAUUUGGCACCUGCAGACCGCUGGACUCAUAUUUAUAUCCAGCGUUCAUAUAAAACAGGACGGAUUACUGUUUACGCUAAUGACCAGAAAGUGGUGGACGAAGAUGACGAAUUUCAGGACGAAAUUUCACUUCCGGCUUCAGGUACCCUCCGGAUUGGGAACACAGACCCACCAGACUCCGACGGAGAUCAACAAUUUAAAGGUUAUGUGUCCUGUCUCCAGAUAUUUACAGAAAACCUGAAGCCGGAUGAUGUCAAAGAGGUUUCCAAGUUCUGUCUUCCCGAGGAGUGGGCUCCGAGCUCGCAAGUGUACUUUGGUCCUGAAGAUAAAACAACAGGAAUCCGUUGUAAAUCAGAUCCACCUGAGCCCACAACAAGUAAACCGUCACCAAGCCAACCGCUGACGAUGACCCAUCUUGUAAAUGAGCGGAAGUGGGAAGAGAUUCGGCAACGAUUUCAUUGGAAAAACAGCGAGAAAGAUAAUGCCUACUUCCGUUUGUACGAUCAGAAUACAGAACCAGUUCCGACUAUUGCCAAUAUUAGCGAAGUCAACGCUGUUGAUCUGAAAACUUGUGCUCGACUGUGUCUGCGUGUGUAUGGAUGUAUGUCAUUUGCAUUCACGUCAACAGGAAGUGAUGUCAGAAAAUGUUCACUUUUUGACUUAAUUCCAACAAAAUAUAAGACAAAACAAGGUGUUAGGUUCUUCACUAUCAGUACAUAACUUUCCGAGAUUGUUAUUUCUGAGAUUGUUAAUGUCGUAAAGCUUGCAACAUGCAUUUGUAGAUUAUUUUUCUGAAUAAAUAUUAAUUGUAACAAAAAGGUU